CAGCUUAUCGAAAACGACAUUUAUUCAGAGUUGACCAGUCGCUUGCGUAAAGUAGAUUGAACACCACUUUCAUUUUACCUAUACAAAAUAAUAGGUGUUAAAGGGAAUACAGCACAUGCUAUAAAAUGAGAAACAUAUCAUAUAGACAGAUCAUAGUGGUUUCUGCCUUCCUGGGAUUAUCCUCAUCGUUUGUUCUCGAUGACAACUGUCCAGAGUCAUCAUUACCUUGCACGUGCUACGGUAAUUCAAGAAAUUUCAGCUACAUAAGUUGUACCAGUAAAAGUUUGACGAACAUUCCUAAUAUUAAACAAUCUGGUUAUCAUGUAAACAAGUUAUAUCUGGAUUUUGAAUUAAACGAAAUAACCGUUAUUCGAAAUAACGCAUUUAUAACUUUUAGCUCAAUCAACGCAUCAGAAAUAGAUUUACGAUUGGAUAAUAAUAAGAUACACUCAGUUGAGAGCAAUGCGUUUACUGGAGUAGCAAAUUCAAUCACAAGUCUUCACCUGCAACAUAAUAAUUUAACAGUUUUACCGUCGGCUUUCAAAAAUUUGUUUAAUCUUAGAAACCUAGAUGUUUUGUUUAAUCCUUUACAUUCUCUUGAUGCAUCAGCAAUGUCAAAUAUAGGAAGGAGUCUGACUUCAUUUAGUUUAGAUUUAGACCAUUUUAAGGAAUGGCCACAGGAACUGCAUUACCUUCGAGUGUUGCAGACAUUAACCGUUGACAACAUUCAGUUUCCGCAUUUAGCCAUAAAUGCUUUCGAUGGAUUUGAAAACACGCUCACAUCCCUUUCUCUUAAAUACUAUAGACUUGAGAAAGUUCCUAAUGCAAUAUGUCAUCUAAGUCACCUUUCGGAAUUGACAAUCGUAUAUUCCUAUAACCUUCAGAAAAACAUGACCCCCAUUUUUGAACCAUGCGGUAAGGAAUUGUCUUCUGUCACAAGUUUAACCUUAUAUGCAAAUGACCUCCAUACGUUUCCAAAUAUUACUUUAUUCCCAUCACUUACGUUGCUAAAUCUAAAUAGUAAUCGGCUUCAAAACAUAGAUAUCACUAAAAUUCCCUUGCAUUCAAAACUUGCUACUAUUGAUUUGGAAUUCAAUCUUCUAGAAAGGAUACCAGACGCAUUGAACAGGUUAAAAUCCUUGCAAUCAUUAUCUUUUAGCAGCAAUAAGAUAAUGACAAUUAAAACAUCUGAUCUAGCAGGAUUGAGUUCUUUAACAUUUUUAAGGGUUUUUGACAAUCCCAUCACGUAUGUAGAACCAGAAGCAUUUAAGGACAAUUUUAAUUUACAUCAUCUAGAUCUUGGUUAAACAAAUCUUGAUCAUGUACCUGUUGCAGUAACAAACUUGACAAAGCUUUCUUAUUUCUUUCUGAAGGACAGGGACAUUGACUGCAGUUGUGACAUGUCAUAUUUGAAAUCCUGGAAUGUGUCAGCUAUUUCGACCUUUCAUGCAAAGUGUGCAUCGUCCUCUGAAAAUAUCAAACACUUUAUCAUGACUUCUCUACAAACAUGCCCAUAGACACUUAAUUUGACAAUGAUUUCUUCGAAUUUCUUGCAUAUUUGUAACUAAAAGAAAAGGUUUUAUUAUCUAGACUGAUUAUGUUUUUGCUAUUCAUUACAAAAAAACAAGUUAUUUAAAAACAAUGAAUAUGAAAUCACCGCUUAAAGCUGGUUUUCCAUUUGUCAGAUUAAUGUCUUUAAGCCUUUGUUUUAAAUUCAGAUUAAUUUUACAGCUUUGCAAAUAACACUAGCCUAGGUAUCAGUAAAUGUUAACGUUAUAAACAUCUCAUGUUCAUGUAUUUAAAGUGUUUGCUUGUUUUGUUAUCUGAACUGGUAAGAAAACUGUUU